ACGCCGACUUCCUUCCACCUCCUUCCACCCCUCUCAGCGCGACAAGACCAUCACAAUGGCAUCUCUCGUCCAAAUCACCUCCCUGGAGCAAUUCAGCACACUUUUGAACAGCUCUACCUUUGUCGUGGCUGACUUCUACGCGGAUUGGUGCGGACCAUGCAAAGCUAUCGCCCCUGCGUACGAGCAGUUGGCCUCGCAGCUCUCACGUCCUAACCGGAUCACCUUUACCAAGAUCAACGUUGAUCACAACCAGGAUAUUUCCAGACAGUAUGGGAUUACAGCAAUGCCCACCUUCGUCCUCUUCGAACGCGGCCGUCGCACCUCCACCGUCCGCGGCGCCAACCCCAAAGAACUGAACGAACUCGUCCGCAAACUCGCCACGGAAGCCAAGAAAGCGCCCGAGUCCGGCGGCAGCGAGGGCGGCGAGUCCAGCGGCGUGGGAUGGAUCGGGGCCCCCGCGCCCAAAGGCUACAGCGACAUCACGGACCAGCAUGACCCGAAGGGGUUGGAAUUGCUGAACCGGGAUAGCGAGUUUGGGACGGCCAAGACGCUGUUCGAUAGUUCGAAGCCGGCGUCGCUGAACAAUAAUGGGAAGGGGAAGGCUGGCGGGGCUCCGGAUUGGGUGGAGAGUGAUACGGAUGAGCAGUUGAUGUUGUUCAUCCCGUUUCAGUCUACGUUGAAGGUGCAUUCGUUGCAGAUUACGUCGUUGCCGCCGGCGGAGGCGGAGGAUGAGGAUGAGGAUGAGGUGCCGAUGCGGCCGCGGACGGUGCAGUUGUAUACGAAUCGGUCGCAUGUGUUGGGAUUUGAUGAGGCGGAUGAUAUUCCGGCGGUGCAGACGGUGGAGAUCCGGCCGGAGGAUUGGGAUCCUAAGACGGGUACGGCGAAGAUUGACUUGCGGUUUGUCAAGUUCCAGAGCGUGAUGUCGCUGGUGGUGUUCUUUGUGGAUGGCGAUGGGGAUGGAGAGAAGUUGCGGGUGGACCGUGUGAGGAUCUUUGGCGAGGCGGGUGAGAAGAGAGAGAUGGGCAAGUUGGAGAAAAUUGGUGAUGAGCCUGGAGAGUAAGCGUACUCACUACUCAGUAUACUCAGACAGAUACCAGCCGAUACAGCAGAGUAUACUCAGCGGCAGAUGCAGCCAAUGCACGAUACCUUAAGGUAGACUACGCAGCACUUUACGG